UUGGUCGACCUCGUGGCCGAGGGCAAAGCACCCGCCGUGGCCCAACCCGACGAGGGCGCGUCGUACGACCCCAUGCUCAACAAAAAGGACCUCCAGGAGAUCAAGUGGGCCGGAAAAUCCGCCCGGCAGGUCCACAACUUCAUACGCGCCCUCGACUCGACCCCCGGCGCGUGGACCCUCGUCAACAACGAGGAGGCCAAGCUCUACAAAAGCAGCUUGUUCGAGGGUAAGGAUGUACCGGAAGGUGACAGGGUGGACGUGAACGGGCGGCCGGGCGUGGUGCACGGGGCUGGUCUCCUGAUCCAGGCCGAGGACGGCAAUUGGGUGAACGUGGAGGUGCUCAAGCUGGGCACGCGGACCAUCAGUGCCAGCAAGUACGGCGCCAAGUCGAUGGAAAAUGGCACCCGCAGCAUCGAGUUCACGGAGGACGAGAGGGAGGCCGUCCAAGCCAUGCGCAACACCUGGGGGGGCAUACUCAAUCUCGAGAUCGAGGACGACACCGAUUUCUUCGCCUGUGGUGAGUGGGCCGUCGUGUUAUUUUCCACCGCGAUAAGUCCACGAGUUGUUGAUGCCCAGGGUGUUGAGGAACAUGGUCUUGCAGACCUGCUCUACACGGUCCGGCACCGUGAAAAAAUAACCAUGGGAAAGCUGAAGGUCGCCAUAAUAGGGCAGAGCAACUUUGCGGCCGAAGUUUACAGUCUCCUCAGGAAAAAUGAACACGAGAUAACUGGCGUUUUUACAAUUCCAGAUAAAAACAACCGUGAAGAUCCAUUAGGUCGCAUCUUCGUGGAGAGCAGCAUCCACGACGAGUUCAUCGAGCGCGUGGUGGCGGAGACGCGAAAGAUAAAGAUCGGGGAUCCCCUGAACCGCGCGACCUCCCACGGGCCCCAGAACCACAAGGCCCACCUCGAGAAGCUCCUCGAGUUCGUCGACCGGGGUAUAAAAGAGGGCGCCCAGCUCGUCCUCGGCGGUAAGCGGCUCGACCGGCCGGGCUACUACUUCGAGCCGACGAUAUUCACCGAAGUCGAGGACGGGAGUUACUUGGCGCGCGAGGAGUCCUUCGGCCCCGUGAUGAUCGUCUCGCGCUUUAGCUCCCAAAACCUCGACGACGUGCUGCGCCGGGCCAACGCCACCGAGUACGGGCUCGCCUCGGGCGUGCUCACCAAGGACAUUGGCCGGGCCCUCAGGUUUGCCGAGAAAAUCGAGGCGGGCACGGUUUUUGUCAACACGUACAACAAGACGGACGUCGCCGCUCCCUUUGGCGGCUUCAAGAGGUCCGGCUUCGGGAAGGAUCUCGGACAGGAGGCGCUCAACGAGUACCUCAAGACCAAGACCAUCACCAUCGAGUACUAGACGGGAGAGCCUCUCUCUGUCACUGCAGAGGGGAAAGCUUCGUUGUUCAUAUACUGAUUCUUUUUUUUGUUUUGUUUUGUUUUUUUUUUUUUUUUUACUUUUCUCGUAUCGAGUUGUUUAUUUGCGUUUUCCAUAGUACCUAUACAUCGAUACGAAAU